AUGGUCGCAAUCACUCUUCCUGAGAACUAUGGCGCUGUCAUUGCCGUCGCACUAGGCGCCAUCCCAGUCCUGGCUUACAUUCAUGGCGCUAUCACCACCAGCCUGCGUAAGGAGGCUAAGAUGCCCUACCCCCACAGCUAUGCUUCAAUCGAGCAGUGCAAGGAAAACCCCAAAGCCGAGCAAUUCAACUGCGCCCAGCGUGCGCACGCCAAUUUCUCCGAGAAUGCCCCACAGACCAUGCUCUUCAUCCUGGUCGCCGGACUGAUGCACCCCAACUACGCCACUGCUUUGGGCGCCUCCUGGGUUUUCUUCCGCACUCUGUUCAUGUACGGCUAUGUGUACUCGGGCAAGCCCCAGGGCCAGGGUCGCUACAUGGGAAUCUUCUGCUGGCUUUCGCAAGGUGCUCUGUGGGGAUUGUCUGUUUUCGGUGUGGGCCGCAGUCUGCUGGCCUAG